AUGAUGAUAACCCGCACCUUCUCCCUCACAAACUUCCUCAUCGGAUCUUCAGCGCUCUGCUUCCAAAUCUUCGUACUCUACCCAUGGCAUGAGAAAUUAGAAGAGGAGUUCGUGGAACUGAAGAAAGAACACGCAAGGUUACUGGAGGAGACGCACGAAAGACACAGGGGAGAGUUGAGGGGGAUUAGAGAACAAUUGGAGUUGGCCAACGAGCGGAGGAAGACUGGGAAAUUUUGGUAG